AUGUCUUUAUCACCUAGACACGAUAUGUCCAUGAUGAUGGAAGAGGAUAAAUCAUGCAAAGUUUCAAUGUUCUGGAAUUGGUAUACUACAGGCUCAUGUUUUAUAUCAGAAUCAUGGCAUGUUAAAUCUACUGGUGGUUUUGUCGGAACUUGUUUGGCAAGUUUCUUUUUGGUGCUUUUCCUACAGUGGUUACAUAGGUUUAACAAAGAAGUGGACCUUGCCAUCGCCAAUAGACCACAUUUUGAUGUUUUCUUCAAAAACGGUGAACUUGUUGAUGGCGAAUUGGUUGACGCAAAGACACUAGAAUUUGAAACCCCAAACACAAGAAACCCAUUCUUGGUUGCUCUUUCACAUACUUGGCUAUUGAGAAGAGGCAAGACAACUAUGUUUGAACAUUUAAUCAGAUGUGUGCUUUAUGUUAUUGAAUGGGGAUUGGCAUACUUUGUCAUGUUGUUGUUCAUGUACUACAAUGGAUAUGUCAUUAUAUCCUCUUUGCUUGGUGCAUUUGUUGGUAGAUUAUUGUUUACAUAUAAUUCGGACCCAGCAUCAUCAAGAGUUGAAGAAGAGGCCAGUUGUUGUCUGUAA